AUAAAACAACAGAGAACCAGCAGUGUGUCUGUAGGUGUCAUCCAUCAUAAACUAUCAGAAAACAAGCCUUGUGUUACCAGGUGUCGUCCAACAUACAACAACUGAGAACCAUCCAUUAAGUCAAAUUGUAUCGCCCAUCAUGUCAAUAUUGCUACUACUGUGUGUGUUGUUUUUAUCUUUUGCUAACGACUGCACUGGAUCUUGCGAACAACUUUCGGAAUGCUUUGAAUUUCCUGAUUUUCUGGAUAAAAAUGAAACUUGUGAUUUCCUUGACAAAGCUGAUCUGGAACGAAUUUGCGAACAGUUGGACAGGUUUGCAGAAUGUUAUGUCCACAAAACAGAGGAUUGCUUGAAUGAUGAACUUCGAAUGCGUUUGGCAGAAAGUCUUAACUACAGAAGAGUAAUAUGUAACAUGGAUGGAAAAUAUGCUUUGGAAGAACUUCGGGACUCUGAAUGUGUUAGUUCCUUAACCAGACGACGAAAACUGAAACAAAAGUUCGUCGAAUGUUUCCGAAACUUUUACACAAUUGAACCAGGAGAAAAUUGCGAAAGACUAGAAGAAAAGAUCAGCUGCUUUUCCGAUGCUGUGUCUCAGAUCUGCGGGCAGUCCAGUGUUGCGCGGAUGUACAAGAGUCUGUCCAAAGAUGCAGCGUGUACUGAAUAA